AACAUUAUGAUUUACGGUGUUUGCUACACGAUAAAACAAUUACACGACGAAAUCGUGUCAGUUUGGCAAUGAAGAUCACAAAAUCCUACAGCACUUGAAGGUAACCCUGUCCCCCCUUUUUUUAAAUAAUAAAAAUGGCACCCUCUAGUGGUAAAAAUGAUGCAGUUUAUUUUCAAAUUAUUGUAAAAACACGUGCCAUGUUCUAACAAUUUACUUAAACAAAUAAAAUACAUAUUUAAAAAAAAUAUAUAAAUGAAGAUAUUUUACACAACAGAAAAGUUGAUGGAAAAUGACCUUCUGCAGGCACCAGAGCAACCACUGCUGGCACUCUCAUAAAACAGAACUUCUCUGGGCAACUGAGUGUUUGAUUUUAUUGCAGAUUGCUCCCCAGCAAGCUCAGAAGCACACGAAAAAACCACGACACUACAAAUAAAUAGAAAAGCUAUUUUACUAUUAUUAUUUUUGCUUCAAGGGGGGCAUUGCAUUCUUUUUUUUUAAUAGAAAGGACUAAUGGAGCUUUUUUGUGAAUCAAUGAAACACACAGAGGACAACAGAAGACCAACCAGUUGCAAGUUUGUGGAGUUGCAUGUGUUGUGUGUGCCAGGUGAUCAGUGGAAUGUGAAACUUAAUAAAGUUCCAGCUGAAACCUCGGAGAGCUUCAUAUCUGCUGGUUUCAUCAGAGUUUACCCCGAUCUCACCCUGAAACGGCUCAGAACUGAGCUGGACGCUCAUCUCGGGGCUGAGAGGAGCACCAAUAAAUACUCCUUCCUGAAAUGCGUGGGUCGCAGUCUGGCUCUUGUCUAUAGAAACCAGGAGAAAGAACUGAGAGUGAAAUUAUUUGCUCCACCCUAUGCUGCACAGCCAGAGCUUUACCUGCUGCCAGCAAUAGAAGCAGACAGCAGUUUCUGCUCCCAGUCCUUCAGCCCGGACACCAGCAGCAGCUCCAUGGAGGAGCAGAACCUUUUCCUCUCUCCCAAGAUCUGCAGCCCACCAACAGAGACAAAGAACCUUCUUAAAUUCCACCAGUGUCCCCUCCAACCACUCCCCAGAUUUGAAGAACUUGAGGAGGAAGAUGACAAGAGCUGCAGCUCCUCAGAAAGAGAGAAUGAAGAGGAAGCUCUGAGCUUCAUCAGGAAAGCAGAAGAAGAAAGUUACUCACAGAAACAUCCGAAUCAGAGGGAGCUGCAGCUGGAUUCUCUGAAAGAAGCCUUGGAAAGAUGUGAAGUUGGUUCAUCCCAGAAAAAGUUCCCGGCAGACAGAGAAGAAAUCUGUGUAAAGAAGAAGAAGCAACACAAAGGUGAAGGACAGUCCGGAGAAGCUCCAGAAUGGAGGGACUCCUCCCUCACAGACAGAGUUGGAAAAUCCAAAGACUCACACAGACUGACGUCUGUUGAACACAAGCUAACAUCUGAGGAGUCACAAAAGUCAAGUGGGUCCACCUCCUGCAAUAAAGAAACUCCAACAUGUUGUCCAGUUCUUCACACAGACCGAGAAGCACUUAUUGAAGAAAUCAAACUAGUGAGGGAGAAGAGGAAGCAGCUGGAGUGGACGAAACAAGAACUGCUACGGAAAGGGAAGGACCUGCUGGCUCAGAGCAGCCAUCGCAGGAACCAAGCACGAAAUUGCUGGAAAAAGAAAUACUUUGAAACCAAGAAGGCUACAGGUCCUCUGGAGGACAAGCUGAAAGACUUGAGGCAGGAGAUGGAGACGUUUUACAACAAGCUCCUGCUGCAGCUCCAGGCCAGAGAAAGCAGAGGGAAAAUCAGGCGACAGGGGAGAUCUUCAGAGAAGAAUGAGCUCACCGUUCUGAUCAUGAAGGAGACUUAUGAGAUCGACAAGCUAAAGAGAAAAGUAGAAGAUGCUCAGAUGAAGCUGGUUGCAGAGAUAAAAUUGCGGAAGCAGGCUGCUGCAGAGCUUAAGGCCCUGAAGGCAGAGCUGCUCCAGAAGAAGAGUCAGCUGAAGGGAGACCCUGCAUGGACCGGGCUGCACGUUCAAAGCAGCUCAUCUGAUGUGUAAAAA